AUGCUCUUUACUAAGGUCCUUACUGCUCUUGCUGUUGUUCAAGCUGUCUUGGCUGCUCCUCAUUACACAGAAGACAAAUCAUUGACUAACACUCAUUAUAAUCAUCAUAAAAAGGCUUGGAAAUCUUAUAAGUAUACUCGUAAAUCUUACAAGGGAAAGAAACACAAGUCCAAUACUACUACUACCACUCGUACGGCUAAGGUUACUCGUACUACUACUGCUACUGCUAAGGCUACUUCUGCUUCGUCUGCUGGUUCAGGUGAUAUCAAGUCUCAAGCAUUGGCCGCUCAUAACAAAUACCGUAGCAAGCACCACGUCCCUAAUGUCAAAUGGAGUACUAAACUUUCCAAUCACGCUCAGACCGUUACUGAUUCUUGUGUCUGGGGUCACAGUAUGAAAGGCACAGGCCAAAAUAUUGCUUAUGGCUAUAAAUCCAUGGAGGCUGUAGUUGAUGCUUGGUACAAUGAAGUCAAGAAUUAUAACUACAAGAAUGGUGGAUUCAGUUCUUCUACUGGUCAUUUUACGCAAGUUGUUUGGAAGAGUACUACUGAAAUUGGCUGUGCUGCUACUUAUUGUUCUAACUUGAAGGCCACUUAUUAUGUAUGUGAUUACAGUCCUCCUGGUAACUGCGCUGGUCAAUAUCAGGCUAAUGUACUUGCUCCUUAA